AUUGCUGCACUUCUUAUUUUCCUUUCAUUUUUCAGCUGACUCCGGCCACGGCAGUUAAAAGCAUUUGUUAUCAGUUAUAAACUGAAAUGAUAUCAGUGUAUUGACCUUAAUUAGUUUCUAAUAGAUAGUGCAAUGAUUAGCGAUGACUGUGUGCACAAGAUAGAACUAGAUAAUCUAGAGAACGACGAAAUUAUAAAGCACACGAUACUAAUAAUUAAGGGGCAUAUUCGUCAACAGCGACAGGCAAAAAAGUGCAGAGAGCAACACAUUUUAUUACGAGUAAGGCAUGACGCUAGCGUUCUAGACGCAACUUGGGAAUUGCAGAUACAAUCGAAAAUUUCCAGAACCGGUCAGUUCAAACUACUUUGUGAUUUUGCCCAGCAUGAAAUCGAGACAGUCUGUACCAGAACACCACUGAUACUAAAUUUUAGUUACUGCAACAUCGUCUAUCAGUGCGAGAUCCUGUAUGAAUCUACCGCUUACAUCAAAAAUACUUAUCGACUGCAAGCAUUGUACAUCACAUGUGUAAAUCAGAAGCCUUUAGCAGGGGAACACGUUCUUGAAAAUUGUGAAAAAAUCAAUUUGAAUCUACGCUUGGUGCAGGCUGUAUAUGCCGAACAGUUGCGAUCUGCUGGUUACGGUAGAAGAACUUUUACAUUGAACAGCGACUGUAAAGUAUUUGAAUCACGCUUAACAUGUGAAGAAGUUUGGGAGCAGUCUGAAGAAAGUUUGUGGCAAAAUUUUGCAAAAGAAAUACUUAACUCGUCUACUUGGGGUGGUGAGGGAAAAUUGAAAUUUGUUGCGUUUAUUGGUUGUACAAAAUAUGAUGGCGCAGCCGUAGCAGUCACAGAAGAAUUCUCUUAUUCAAACAUACGAAAACAUUUGAAGGGCCACGCAGCACUAGGUGGUGGUGGUCUAGCGCUUUUUGGUGCAGCCUAUUUAUAUGCAUGGCCCCGGAGGUUUAACGAAAUCAAUGCAUGUUUUGGCAGCAACAAGUUGAUUGAUCUGUCACAAUUACCAGACGAUAGCAACUAUCGGCGUACAUAUGGCGGUGUUUAUGCAACUACUUUAGGUGCCGUAGUGCAUGAAAUUGGACACACUUUCGACUUAGGUCAUACUAAAGAUGGUGUGAUGGGCAAUGGUGUCGAUUACAUUAAUCGUGUUUUUACAAUAGACAAUUUGACCGAACAUCUACCGGAGAGAGUAAUACAGCAACCGCAGGCAGAACUGCGUACUGAUAUCGCGACGCGUCCACGUUUCACACAACUCAAACGUGCCACAAACGCGUUUUUGGAAAAGUAUCACGAACAGAAGAUAAAUGACUCAUUUUAUUUCACUCCAAAUUGCGUAAUUAUUUUAGCUUAUAAUAAAUGGUUUGGAAAUUCGAACAACUAUAAUGUUGAAGAGAAUACGGAGGAUGGUCUAAUAACCUAUGAUGCCGUUAAUAGCUGUGUCAUUGUUGAAGGACACGAGAAUCCACUGCGUCUGAUAGAGGUACGUAGUGUUGAUAACAGUUUAGUGAAAUAUUGGUAUGAGCCGCAGUCAAACAAAGAGUGCAGUGAAAUUUAUAAAUUCUACUUGCCAAAGGAAGCGCUCAAAGCGCUCGGAGAGAAUCAUUAUUUGUUUGUGUUAACACGAUCGGGCAUAGCAAAGCGUUUUUGUGAGCAUUAAAAUGGGUGUUUCAAAAAUCACAAGCAUGGCCAUUUCACCGAAAUUAAUAUAAAACUGAACAAUAUUUAUUUACAUUGCAGCAAAGUUUUUUUGAUUAAAAACAAUAUAUAUUAUAUAUUCUUUUGAUGGUAAACAAAUCGGUAAUCAGAGUCACAAUAUCAACACUCACAAGCAUACACACUCACAGCAAUAUAAGACUAAAUACAUAUAAAAUAGUAAUCUGUGCUAUAAUAAGCCAUACAUAUGUAUUUACAAUAAUUACAACAAUAGUUGACCGAAGUGGAGCUACUCGAAAGUAACCGCAAAACAAGAGAGCAACCUUUCUUUGAAAACCUUGAUGAAAUAAAUAAACGAGUUAAUUGUGUAUUAGCGCUUAACCAGCAGUGUGCUAGUUGUCGCCUUGAUGCCGCCAAAGUCACUCACGCAAGUAGCUUACCAGCCACGUUAGCAGUUAAAAAAAAAAAUUAAGACGAACAAAGCGCGACUCAAUCAUCGAUAGUUUAGUAAGCUACCAAAACAAUAACAACGAAAGCUUUAUCAUCAGCUGACAUCGCUGCCUUCAAGAAGUAUUCGCAACAAGUUUUGAAAAACAAAAAUUUCCAACUAUUUUAACAAAAAAUUAACGGCGCUGACUAAUUUUGAAAACUGCGAACUUGAAAAGAUAGGCAAAAUAAACAAAUCUGCUUGAAAUACGUGUAUAUAGAAGUAUAUUCUUUGUUGUUACUAUGUGUGCAAUACAAGUAUAGCGGGGAUAUCAACCGGAGCAUUUAAGAGCGAUAGUUGUUUACAAAAUAAAUGAUAAGAUAAAGUCAAACCAUAUUAAGGCGAAAUCGAACCGAGUAUUUAACGCUUUGAUUUUUGCAAAUUUUGUACGUGCCCGUCAAUAUAGGAAGUUACACGCUAUUUGCCGAAAGAAAAGUAUAGUGCGCGGAUAAAAAAAAAAAAAAAUAAACUAGUGCCUCUGACUUGUUUUAUUAUAAA